AUGAAACUCGAAAAAUGGAAAGAGGGUACGAGCUAUGACAGUAUUCCAAAAGAAACAGUGCAAAUCUGGUUCAAGUUGCGAAAUAUCCCUCUCCACAUGUACAACGCGGAAGCCUUAAGCCAUUUCGCUAGCCUUCUAGGAAACCCGCUAUACAUGGACAAAAUCACUAAGGAAAACGAAAAUCUCACAUAUGCUAGGAUGAGCAUUGAAGUUCAACCCAGAAGUGUUCUCCCCAACGAAAUUACAAUGGUGGAUCAAAAGGGAAAUGCUACCAAGAUGGGCAUACACUAUGAAUGGCGACCGUACAGAUGCGUGAACUGCAAUACCUUUAAACAUUCUAUAAUGAGAUGCCCUACAUUAAUGGCCAAAGAGAAAGCAAACCAGGAACAACAAAUGCAUAAUGGAGAAGCCAAGCAACAAAAUGUUCCUAGUACAAAUGAAACAGUUAUGGAAAAACAAGCAGCAAAAGAAAUCAAUGUCAAAGGGAAAAUGUUCAGAAUUCGGAUGAAGGAACAAAAGGAAAUCAAACUCAAGAAGAGGGAAGAAGAGGAAGAUACAGAAGAUGAAAGCAAAGAUACAACAGAGGAGAAGGAAACUAAGGUUGGUGAUCCUCAAACACGGAAAACUGAAGCAGAGAAAAAUAAUGACAAAACCUUUAAAUCCUGA